AUGUCUGACGAACAACAACAGCAGCAGCAGCAACAACAACAGAGACAACAGCAAAUGCAGCAACACCAACAGCAGCAGCAACAACAGAUUAAAUCCCCCAAGGAUACGAAUAAUUCAAAUGGGAAUAACAACAACACCACCACGACCCAAAAUAACACAACACCACCAAGAAAGUCAAAUAUACAUGAAAUGAGAAAUCAGGAUUUUGUAAGCCGUUUAAUGGCUGCCACACCACCGUAUCUCUACUCAGCUCCUAUGGGUCCAAACAAUUUCUUCUUCAGCGAUAUGCUACGUUCUUUGGUGGCAGCUCGUAACCAGGAAAAUGUACGCAAUUUACAGCUACAACAUACGGCUGCUUUAGCUAGGAGACCUCGUAAAAGAACUUGGUCUCAACAACGUACCUAUUUUAAAGAAAAUGAAACGUUAUUGGAAAAAUCUCAACAGCAACAACUUCAACCACAAUUACCACAACUAAAUGCAGCUGAAAAACCUUUGGAAUUAACCACUCACAAGCCGUACUUGCAACAUUUGGCCAACAAAUAUCGUAAACUGGAAACGGAGUCAACUAAGGAGGCUCCCGAUAUAAAACAGCUUUUAGUAAACACAAAAACCAAUGAAAGAGAACACGAUAAUGUUGGCAACACCCCAAAUACCGCAUUGGCCGGCGGUACAGUAGAUACAACAUUACAAACAACACCUCCAGCCGCCUCACUACCACCACAAGAUUUGGUUUUACCACCCCCACCUCCCGUUUGGUAUCCACCUUUGUAUCCUCCCUAUGGCAUAGAUCCUCUACACUUCUUUAUAGACCUAAGAGUUUCGGGACAUAUUUAUGAUCGCAAAAAAGAAAACAUAUCUCCGUUGGCUAGUGCGGAGAACACUACAACUGGCAAUGAUGCAACAAAUUCACCUCCAGCUUCCCAUACCAUUACAUUACCCAACAAACAUCGUCAUGGCUCAGCCUUUACAGUACCCACGCCCCGAUGUAAUGACUUGAAGGCAAUCUCGUCCUUGCAGCAUACCCCAGUUACGCCUACCUCAGAUGCCAUAAAUCUCAGUUCUAGUGCCAGUGCAGCAGCCGCUUCGGCGGUAAAUAAAUUCGAAAACUAUGCCAAAUAUUACGACUUUGGCGAAAGUAAAGAGAAUCAACCCAAUAUUGCCAAGUGUAAUGCCAACUAUAUGCUGCAACAUUUGCCCCGUUUAUAUAGUCAAUUUGCGGCCAGAGAUUUAAUUGCCCAAGCUCAAAAUGAAAGUCUUAAUCAACACAUUAACAACGAUGUUCUGGAAGCCGACAACAAAUCGGAUAAUGAUUGUGAGGCUGAAUCGGAUGAUCGCCAUUCGGUGGCCAAUUCGGACGACAAUGAUCUCGAUGAUAGUUCAAAUCGUGAACGUGAUAUUGAUGUGGAAAUUAUUGAUUCGAUUAAAUAUCGUACGGAUGGUAAUAGCAGUCGUUGUACGAGUCCCGAUGAAUCAUCAAUAACGCAAAUUGAUUAG